AUGCCGCUUCGGCCGUCCGACAUUGCGACCGGCGGCAGCACAUACUGCCUGGCUCACGUCAAGGAUGUCGAUGGGUGCAGCUUUGUGAUCAGAACGUCCAAGAGAAUAGAGGACGUAAGCUGCUAUGGCUUCGUUGUUAGUUUGCUGAGCUUCAUACCCUACGCACGCAUCUGGCGGUGCCUCCAGUACGAAGCCGCCGUCGAGAGAAAUGCAGCCCUCGUCAAGGCUGUCGCCGGCGACACGACGCAGGUAACCAACUACAUAAGCUUUAGCACAAGCCUGACCGGCGUCGGCGGCGUUCUGCUAACGGCUGGCGCGCUGUCUGCGUUCGGGCUCAACGGCUCGCAGACUGGCGCCAUAAUGAGCUGCGUCUCGGCGGUGCAGUGCCCUGGCGCGAGCAGCAGCAAGUUCAGCCUCAUCUGGGGGCCGCCCGGCACGGGCAAAACCAAGACCAUCAGCGUGCUUCUGUUGGCGGUGUUGACGAUGACGGAAAAAAUCCAGAUCAAAUGCCGGGUCCUGACGUGCGCGCCGACCAACACCGCCAUCUCCCAGGUCGCUUCCCGCCUCCUAUCUCUGAGGAAGCAGCAUCCCGACGCCGGAGCCGGCGCCGGCUCCGGACGGUGCUACGGCGAUCUGCUGCUGUUCGGCAAUAAGCAACGCAUGGCCGUCGACAACCUUCUCGACGAGAUAUUCCUGGACACUCGUGUCAAACGCCUUAAGAAGUGUUUCUCGCCUGCGACUGGUUGGAAGCCGUGCCUCCGUUCGCUGGAAGUUUUUCUGACCGAGCCGAGAGUACUGAAAUACCACUAUCAGCAGGCACGCAAGGAGAAAAACUGCUCAAACUUGCUCGAGUCGUCCUUCGUCAGGUCAAGGUACCACGCCAUAUCCCAGAAGCUUCGCGGCUGCGUCAGAGAAAUUAUGUCCAAUGUCCCUAGAGAUAUCAUCCUGGAGAAGAACUGCAAGAACAUUGCGUCUCUCAAUAAGAUGCUCGACGACUUCGGCAAGCUGCUCGGUAACAAGAGCGUAGGGAAUAAUAUCGUAGUGGGCGUCUUCAUGCCUACGAUUGGACAGAAAUGCGAUGGUUCAGCGGGUGCGGCCGGUUACUCAGGCAUGGUUCAAACCCUGAGGCGAAACAUGGCUGAGAUCCUAGGCGUCACAAGAACUCUGAUGCGAGACCUGAAGCUUCCUCACACAAGCCAGGAUUUCAAGAUCAAAAAGUUUUGCUUUCGAAGUGCCUCCCUCAUUUUCUGCACGGUGUCUGGGUCGGCUAAGCUUAACGGGCAGAAGAUGGAUUUGCUUCUCAUCGAUGAGGCUGCGCAGUUGAAGGAAUGUGAAUCCCUUAUUCCGUUGCAAGUCUCUGGACUGAAGCAUGCAGUUCUUAUCGGUGACGAGUGCCAAUUGCCAGCGACUGUAAAAAGCACGAUUUCAGACAAUGCAUUGCUGGGUAGGAGCCUGUUUGAAAGGUUAAGUUUGUUGGGACACAAGAAGCACCUCCUGAACAUGCAGUACAGGAUGCACCCAUCCAUAAGCAUCUUCCCCAACUUCAGUUUCUACGACAAGCAAAUCUUGGAUGGCCCGAACGUCACGCAGGCGGGGCACGAGCGUGAGUACCUCCCAGGCACCAUGUUUGGGCCAUACUCGUUCAUCAACAUCGACGGCAGGGAAGAUCGUGGCCGCAGCAAGAGGAAUAUGGCCGAGGUAGCCGCCAUCCUGGAGAUCCUUCGUAGUCUCAAACAAGCUUGUAUCAGCACGGGGCAAGUAGUUAGUGUGGGCGUCAUAUGCCCGUACGCCGCCCAGGUGGAGGCGAUCCAGGGGAAGAUCGGAGACGUGAAGGCGAUGCGUCCCCUUGUUCUUCGCGUGAACUCCGUGGACGGGUUCCAAGGCAGCGAAGAAGAUGUCAUCAUCCUCUCCACCGUCAGGCACUGCCUCUGGGUUCUGGGCAACGCGGCGACGCUGAGCAGCAGCGGCUCGAUCUGGGGAGAGCUGGUCAAGGAUGCCGUGGAACGUCGGUGCUUCUUCGAAUGGGACGAUGGCACGAGCGCCUCUCCGUCCAUUUCUCACCGCUCCCGCCUGCUAGAGCCUGAGCGAGGUGGAGGCGCUUCAGCUUUCGAUAUCUGUGACGCCCUAGGUUCCCUGCAACUCGCCUAG